AUGGCCUCUCGGAGGAUCACCCGCGAGACGUUCGAGGCCGUGGUGCAGGACAAAGUUAAACGGUACCGCAUGGAGCGGAGCGAUGCCGCGGGGGGCUCCAUCCAUCAUUUCAAAGCUCACUCCAGGCCGCUGCCCCGGCCCCGCUUCCACGGCGACGGGAGGUUCCCUCACGCCAACUCCCAACACGAGGACUGGAGCGAGGAUCCCAGGGAAGAUUAUCCCAGGGAAGAUUAUCCCGGGGAAAACUAUCCCGGCCCUUCCUACAGACCCGCCAGCCCCCUGCUCCGCAAGGAGAAUUAUUUCCACGAACAAUUCGCCCGCCCCGCGCCCCGGGAGCGGGAAUUCGGCCGGGAUUACGGGCGCCCCGCUCCCCAAAACCGGGAAUUUGGGCGUGCAGCUGCCCCAAACAGGGAAUACGGGCACCACCCCGCUCCUCACAACCGGGAGUAUGGACAGCAGAACCGGGAAUACGGGCGGGAGAGGGAUUACGGGCAGGAUUACGGCCCCUCGGAUUCCUGGGAAGGCAGCGGGCCGCACGAAGCCGAGUUUGGCUCCUCGGAUAUUUUAGGGGAUUUCAGGUCUCCCGGGCUGAUGGAGGAGGAGUACGGCGGCGUGGAAAAUCAGGAAUACGAGGCGGAGUUCGGGGCGCCGGACAGCGAGUUCCGGCCGCCGCUGCGCAGGGGAGCCGUGGGCAGGGGGAGAGUCCUGCGGGGGAAGCGCCUCACCAGGGGGGUGGUGAAACCCAAAGUGUUCAAAGGAGACGUCAAAAGCCCCCUGAAGAAGUGGAACGUGAAGAAACCGGGCCUGGAUCCCAAAGCUCUGGAUCAGCCUCUGGAAGUCGCCGAGCGCCCCAACCAGAGGCCGGUGCCCCUCCAGCAGCGCCCCAACCCCAAGCUGCCCCCACACCCUCUGGCAGCCCAGAGACCCAUCCUCAGGCUGCCAAAGCCCGCCCACGUCUUCAGGAACCUCAACUUCGACCUGGUGGAUAAAUCUGACAUUUUCUCCACCUUCGGCAUCGAGAUCAUCAAGUGGGCCGGGUUCCACGCCGUCAAGAACGACGCCGAGUUCUCGCGGCUCUUCGGGGCCCUCUUCGAGCUGGAGACUGAGACCUGUGCCAAAAUGUUGGCCUCCUUCAAGUGCUCCCUGAGGCCAGAGCACAGAGAUUAUUGCUUCUUCACCAUCAAGAGCUUGCAGCACGCCGCCCUGAAAACCCCCAAGGUGGACAACGAGUUUUUGAACAUGCUGCUGGACAAGGGGGCGGUGAAAACCAAGAAUUGCUUCUUCGAGAUCAUCAAACCUUUCGAUAAAUACAUCAUGAGGCUCCAGGACCGCCUCCUCAAGGGGGUGACGCCGCUGCUGAUGGCCUGCAACGCCUACGAGCUGAGCAUUAAAACCAACGGCUUUGGCAACCCCAGGGAAAUGGCCAACGCCUUCGAGACCACCGUGUCCCUCUGCCGAAAAUCCCUGGCUCUGCUGGGCCAGACCUUUGCUCUGGCUUCUGUUUUCAGGCAGGAGAAAAUCCUGGAGGCUGUGGGGCUCCAGGAGAUGGCUCCGGCGCCGACGUCCUUCCCGAAUUUCGAUGAUUCCACGCUGUUUGGGAGGGAGUACAUUGAGAAUUUGAAGGCUUGGCUGGAGAAGAGCGGAUACCCCAUCCAGAUGAAGAGAGCGGAGGCGGAAUCCACGGAGCAGCUCAAAGCAGCCUCGCCCGACACCAAAGCCCCCCAGCGAGCUGACAGGAAAGUUUUGGACACAAUUGAGCAGCUGGUGACCAGCAUCGUGUCAGGAACUUUGUCUGCCAAAGACAGGAACGCUCAGAAGAACUCUCCCGAAUUUUGGUUCCUGUCCGACGAGGAGAGCCUGGAGUACAAAUAUUACAGGCUGAGGCUGUCAGAGGUGCAGAGGAGGAGCCUGGCUGGGGAAGGAGCUGCCCCAGAGUCCCUCCGGGCCAUGCUUUAUGCCAGGAGAGUCGCCAGCAUCAAAAGGAAGCUUUUCAAAAGGAAAAAAAAACCUGGAAUUCUCCCUCUCCGCGCCAGCAGAGCCAGGAAGGUGAGGAGAACAACCACGGGCACUCAGACUGUGCUGUCAGCUGGGACGGUGCUGAAGCACCAGGACAAAAAUCUUCCAGGUUCAGGGCAGGGGAAGGUUUCCCUGGCAGAUCCCCAGCAGAUCCCUGCCCUGGACGUCACCUCGGCCGCCCCAGGCGCCAGCAGCUCCGAGAUCCCGGUGCCUGCGGAGCAAAAAACACAUCCCGAGGAAUUCUCGGCAUCACCAGAGCUUCUCCCAGCCCUGGGCUCUCAGUUUCCCGAUGUGGAUGCCAAAACCAUGGAAACUGCAGAGAAACUCGCCAAGUUUGUGGCUCAGGUAGGACCAGAAAUUGAGCAAUUCAGCAUUGACAACAGUGCAGAUAACCCCGACCUCUGGUUCCUCCAGGACCAAACCAGCUCCGCGUUCAGAUUUUACCGGAUGAAGGUUUACGAGCUCUGCCCCUCCAUCAGCUUCAGCCCCGAGGCCUCAGACAGCACCAAAACCACCCCAAGACCCCUGGAGGUCUCCGAAGACGAGGAAGAGGAAGAAGAAGAAGAAGAAGAAGAAGAAGAAGAAGAGGAUGAAGCUGAGUUUGAAACCUCCCAACCUCUGGGGGACGAGGAGGAGGAGGAGGAGGAUGAGGAGGACGUGGCAGCAGGUAGAAGGGUGACAAACCUAGAGGAAGAUUUGCUUUCCAGAGCAGGAGAGGAGAUUUCAGGAGGUGAAAUGCAGCUCUCCAGCCCCUCUGAUGCUGCUGUCCCAAAUCUGUCGACACAGGCACCGAACCCGGCCCCCGGCGCGCGAUUCCCCCGCAAAAGAGUCAGCAGCAAGUCCCUGAAAGUGGGGAUGAUCCCGGCUUCCAAAAGGAUCUGCCUCAUAGAGGAGCCCAAAGUGCAUGAGCCUGUCAGGAUUGCUUAUGACAGACCUCGGGGCUGCCCUGUCACAAAGAAGAAAAAGAAGCCGAAGGAUCUGGAAUUCUCGCAGAAGAAGCUGAGCCCCAGGAACGUGGGGUUCCAGAUGCUGCAGAGGAUGGGCUGGCAGGAGGGGCACGGCCUGGGCUCCAGGGGCCGGGGGAUCCGCGAGCCCGUGCACGUGGGUGCAACUUCUGCUGGGGAAGGUUUGGGAGUGGCAGGGGAAGAAAAUCAAGAAGAUGCUUUUGAUAUUUUCCGGCAGAGAAUGAUCCAAAUGUACCGACAGAAAAGGGCAAAUAAAUAGCUCUCUUCCAUGAAGACCCCCAGCUCCGGUGCCCAUUUUCCCUCCCUCCCGUGGUGUCUCUGCUGCUUUUGGUCGGAUUUUUCCUCGGCUCCACCCGGAAUUCCCUCCUUUCCGUGCAGGAGCAGCACCUUCCCAUCCCAAGAGCAGAACAAAAACGAACAAAAACGAACAAAAAUGAACAAAAAUGAACAUUUUCCCCCCAUUUUAGUGCGAGUAGAAACCUCCAACCCCAGCGUAGCCGCAAUAAAUGUAGAGCUGGGCCAUUUCUGGUUCCUGUGACGUUUCCAUUUGUUAUUUUUCGCUUGUGACUUUGGCCAUUUGUACGAGAUAAUGCCUUUUAUUUCCCAUUUUCCUUAAAUUAACAUUUUUUUUUUGGGAUUCCUGCGGCCACAGAGCAGGAUUUUGGGGUCAAAAAAAAUCUGUUUUUGGGAUGGGAUUCCUCACCAAAAACCGGAAUUAACGCCCGUGCUUAGCCUGGCUCUGAUCCUUUCUCCAACCAAGGAUCUGCUCCAAUCCCCAUUUUUUGCCAAAAUUCGCAUUUCAAGGAUCAAUUUUUGGGGUAAAUCUUCAAAUCUCCUGCAAUUUUUCAUUUUCUCCACCUGAGGGAAGGGAGCUCCUUCUUUUCUGUGCUGCUG